CGACACCUCACGGUGAGCGCCGCCCGUCCGGCCGCCCGGACCCGACCCGAUCCGACACCUCACGGUGAGCGCCGCCCGGACCCGACCCGAUCCGACACCUCACGGUGAGCGCCGCCCGUCCCGCCGCCCGUCCGGCCGCCCGGACCCGACCCGAUCCGACACCUCACGGUGAGCGCCGCCCGUCCGGCCGCCCGGACCCGACCCGAUCCGACACCUCACGGUGAGCGCCGCCCGGACCCGACCCGAUCCGACACCUCACGCAACCUCGUCAGUGAGGAGCAUGGAUUCUUCUGAAGCAGAGAUUACUGCGCCCUCAGCAGAGAGUGCUGCUGAUCCUUCCAUAGUGGAAGGAUCGCUCUUCAGUACAUUGGACAUCUUUCUAUUCUCCCUCAUUGCUGGGUUUGCAAUCUAUUGGUUUGUCUUCAGGAAGAAAAAUAUUGAUGUCCCUGACUACAAAACAUUACAGCCACUAGCACCAACAGUACGAGAAACCAGCUUCAUUGAAAAAAUGAAGAAAACAGGAAAAAAUGUAGUUGUAUUUUAUGGCUCUCAAACAGGAACAGCAGAAGAGUUUGCCAACCGACUCUCAAAAGAUGCUCAACGUUAUGGAAUGCGAGGGAUGGCCACUGAUCCAGAGGAGUACAGUAUGUCUGAAUUAAGUCGACUUACUGAAGUAGAAAACUCCUUGGCAAUCUUUUGUAUGGCCACAUAUGGAGAAGGAGAUCCUACUGACAAUGCACAAGACUUCUAUGAUUGGAUGCAGGAGACUGACACAGAUCUCUCUGGUGUAAAAUAUGCAGUCUUUGGGCUUGGAAAUAAAACUUACGAACACUUUAAUGCAAUGGGAAAAUAUGUAAACAAAAGAAUGGAGCAGUUGGGAGCAGAAAGGAUCUUUGAGCUUGGUCUGGGAGAUGAUGAUGGCAACCUGGAGGAGGAUUUCAUUAUGUGGCGGGAACAGUUUUGGCCAGCGGUCUGUCAGUACUUUGGGGUGGAAGCCACUGGUGAUGAUUCCAGUAUUCGUCAAUAUGAGCUGGUGCUGCAUAAUGACAUCAACAUGAAUAAUGUCUACACUGGAGAAAUGGGACGGCUCAAAGCUUAUGAAAUUCAGAAACCGCCUUUUGAUGCCAAGAACCCAUUUUUGGCACCUGUGACAGAAAAUCGGAAGCUGAAUAAAGGAGGGGAGCGGCACCUCAUGCACUUGGAGCUGGACAUCAGUGGCUCAAAGAUAAGAUAUGAGAGUGGUGAUCAUGUGGCAGUGUUCCCCACUAACGAUUCCACAAUCGUGUCUGAAAUUGGCAAAAUACUGAACUCUGACUUGGAUACAGUCUUCUCUUUAAAAAAUCUUGACGAGGAGUCCAGUAAAACUCAUCCAUUUCCAUGCCCAACCACGUACCGCACAGCACUGUCACAUUAUCUGGAUAUCACCAAUCCUCCACGUACUAAUGUCCUCUAUGAGCUGGCACAGUAUGCAUCGGACCCCAAAGAGCAAGAUUUCCUACGGAAAAUGGCUUCCUCCUCCCCAGAAGGAAAGUCACAAUACUUAAAGUGGGUGGUAGAAGACAGAAGGAACAUUCUGGCCAUCCUAGAGGACUUGAAAUCUCUACGCCCUCCGAUUGAUCAUCUCUGCGAGUUGUUGCCCCGGUUACAGGCCCGCUACUACUCCAUUGCUUCGUCUUCAAAGGUUCACUCUAAUUCAGUUCAUAUCUGUGCGGUUGUGGUGGAGUAUGUAUCUAAAACUGGUCGCAUCAACAGAGGUGUUGCAACAACCUGGCUACGCAACAAAGUGCCAACGGAUAACGGUCACAAGCCCACUGUCCCAAUGUACGUAAGGAAAUCUCAGUUCCGGCUGCCCUACAAACCCAGCACACCCAUUCUCAUGAUCGGACCUGGCACAGGCAUCGCUCCCUUCAUUGGUUUUAUUCAAGAACGAGCCUGGCUGAAGCAGCAAGGGAAGGAGGUUGGUGAAACUGUGCUGUACUACGGCUGCCGACACAAGAAUGAAGACUAUCUGUAUCAGGAAGAGCUGGAGCACUUCCAGAAGGAUGGUGUCCUCACUCAGCUUAAUGUAGCAUUCUCCAGGGACCAGGAGGAGAAGGUGUAUGUCCAACAUUUGUUGAAACAAAAUAAAGAGCAUGUGUGGAAUCUGAUCCAGAAGGAGAAUGGGCAUAUUUACAUCUGUGGUGAUGCAAAGAAUAUGGCGAGAGAUGUCCAGAACACAUUCUAUGAAAUUGCCGCUGAACUCGGAAACAUGAAGCACGAGCAGGCUGUUGAAUACAUUAAGAAACUGAUGACAAAAGGCCGUUACUCUUCGGAUGUGUGGAGUUAAAGUGGAAACGAGGGGCAGUAAGCCUUUGCUGCAGUGUGCAAAUGAACAGAAUUUCAGUAGAUCACAGCUGGUGACUUACAGUAGUCAAUGCAAAGAUCAUUAAAACUAAACAAUGAGGCAAUGAUUUUUUAACAAUAUAAUAUGGAAUCUGUGGAGGAAAAGCUUUGUACUAUACUCAAUGCUGUGCUCCAUCAGAACUGAUACAAUACUUAACAGUAGAUACUUUACAUAGGUGUCUUUUAAAGGUUAUUCCGAAUUACAAGUACUCAAAUUCUGGCAAAAUUGUUUUUAAUGGGAAUUGUUUAACCAGUCUGCUGCCACACACAGUAGAGUACGACUCCCGAGGCUAGUUACAGAGUAGUUCUUUCUCCUGUAUUGGUCUUGUAUUUUUUAAUGUCUCAAAAAUAAAUGAUAUUAUAGGGAAAAUGUGACUAGUUACAUUGAAAAUAGUUCCAGGUUUUCUAUAGAGAGAAUCAUUUUGCACACAUUUCACAGGCCUUUUCAUUCACUCAGUUAUAUAUCCUUGUUCUUUUUCUCUUUUUGAGAGGAAAGUGAGUGCUGGGUGAGGUGAUCAGAUUGCAGUACUUAGCUUUCUCAGUCCUUUCAAUUUGGCACAGUCUGCAAAUUUUUAUUUAACGCCCUUUGGCUAAAUAGAAAAGUUACUAAAUUAUGCUGAUUUACAGUGUACUUGGAUCUAUGAACAUUAAUCUAGCUUCUAAUCUUCAGAUUGAAAUGUAGAAUUGUUGUCUCUAAUGUUUUGUUCCCUAUUAUCCUAAGUAGCUUCAUAAGAUUAAGGAUUUUUCUUUGGGAACUUUUUAAGAAGUCAACUGGAGAAUAGCAAAGUCUAGCAAAUGCAAUAUCCAACCCAAAAUUUAACCUGGAAGCCCCCAUUCCAAACAUAAAAUCUGUAACCUGAUGUUAGUCCCUACUGCAUUGCUACAGUACUUUUACAGAAGAUGUCCAUUCAACAGAACAUGCCAGAGACCUCCAGGGCUUCUGACAAGCAUCUCAGUCCCAAGUCCAUUCCUUGCAUUAAAAGGAAGUAGAAUGGAAGUGUGGCAAGGCUGGAGUGAUGCAACAACAAAUGAAAUUUGCAGACACAAUCCUAAUGAAGGUUAUUGCCCAAAGUCUGCCCCAUCAAUACACGCUCUGACUGGCUUGUGAUGCAUUUCCCACAUUUUUCUGUUUAUAAUAUAAAAUCAACUUUGGCUUUGAAACAUUAAAUCUCUGAAUCACUGAUCUUUGAGAGGGUGAAACAUGGCAAACAUCAGAGAGCAGGUCAAGAUUUAGUUCAUCACUGUUGGCAGUCAUUUCUUAGUGGAUUUAAAAAAAAAUUUUGGCAGCAUUAAGUUUUUAACAAAAAACAAUUCUUUGUUGCAGCUCACAUCUUACGCUGCACAUGUAAUCUUUUACUGGUGAAUACCUUCAGAGGCACUAACUUUUAUAGUCAAGUUUUAAAUACUUUUCCUCAAAUGAGGAACAAUUCCAUUUUUAAAAUUGAAGCUUUUGGAAUCAAAUGUUCGUGUUUUUUGUCCCACUUUCAAAUUGCCUUUUAAAGAAGAAGCUCUGUGAUUGGGUCUCUGCCAAUACUUUCUCUGAGAGUUGACGGCUAGGAGCCUGAGUCUCGACCUUGAAUUACUCGUCCUAUUUUUGUGUGCACGUUUUUGCUAUCGUUCAGGGUAAGUUCUGGCCACUUCUCAUUCUUUCACUGCCUCUAACUUCUCAACACCAGCAUCUUGCACCCUCUGCUCAGUCUCUCCAAUUUUAAAUUGUUGUCAUGGUUUUCAGAGCUUCAGUCCUUUGGUUUAAUGUUUAAGCCCCUUUUGGGCAUUGAGGUUCUAAAAGAAAGAUAGGAUAUUUCUAAAACUAAGGAUGGACUUGAUUGACACUCAUUUUUUGAACUGAUUGGUAACUCUUCAUCAGGAAACUAAUGAAAUGAUUGGGAUGAGGAAUGGUUAUUGUGAACACUGUCUGUAAACAGCGACUGGUUGACUAUUUAUUUGCUAUUCUUGUAGAAAUUUAGUACCAAUAUUUACCAUUUUAACUAGAAUUCUUAGACCAAAAUGUAUAAUGUUUUGCCAUUACUAAAUAUUUCAUUAUCUUAAAAUAUUAUAAACUUUCA